AUGCGCAGGUCCAGCACUGAUGAGUCCACGUACCACAGGAGCCCUUCCCUGGACAGCAAGGAUUACAGUUUCCCCAAUGGCACUUUCCGGCGCUACAGCAGCAUGUAUGGUGGCCAGUUUGGGGCUGCCAGCAACUCUUUUUUUGGAUUUCACACCAACCCGGGCCCUAAGGCCACCAAGGCUAAGUACACGUCCCCCAAGGGAAACAAGUACGUUGUCUUUUACCUGGAUCUCUCGUUUAUUUUUCUCCUAGAACUGAAGAGGUGCAGCAUGGCUCACAACUGCCUGCAGUGUAUCAAGUACCUAAUGUUUGUCUUCAACCUUCUCUUCUGGCUGGGAGGCUGUGGAAUCCUUGGAGUAGGCAUCUGGCUGGCUGUUACCCAGGGGAACUUUGCCACCCUCUCCUCAUCCUUCCCGUCCCUGUCAGCUGCCAACCUGCUGAUCGUCACAGGGACCUUUGUCAUGAUCAUUGGCUUCGUGGGCUGCAUAGGUGCCAUCAAAGAAAACAAGUGCCUCCUGCUGAGUUUUUUUAUCAUGCUGUUAAUUGUGUUCCUGUUGGAGCUCACUGUUGUGAUUCUGUUCUUCGUCUACACCGACAAGAUUGACAAAUACGCCCAGCGGGACCUGAAGAAAGGACUGCACCUGUACGGCACCGAGGGCAACAUCGGCCUGACCAACGCCUGGAGCAUCAUCCAGACAGAUUUCAGGUGCUGUGGAGUCUCCAACUACACUGACUGGUUUGAGGUGUACAACACAAGCCGGGUGCCGGACUCCUGCUGCUUGGAAUUCAGCGAGAACUGUGGGCUCCAUUCCCCAGGGACCUGGUGGAAAGCGCCUUGCUAUGAAACAGUGAAGGUCUGGCUGCAGGAAAACUUAUUAGCAGUGGGAAUCUUUGGCUUGUGCACAGCCAUGGUGCAGAUUCUGGGCCUCACCUUUGCAAUGACCAUGUAUUGUCAGGUAGUCAAGGCAGACACCUACUGUGCAUAG